CAGCAUUCAUACAUUCAGCAUGAAGCGAGCGGCGGCGUUGCUUAUCCAGAAGAUCAACCUUCUUCCAUCUAUACCCCAGGUCGACACCCCUGCACUCUUUUCCAAAAUCAUUUCAGUGCAAGAUCUCGAACAAAUCAUUACACGAGGACCUCCCAUUACCCUUGCAGACCUGCCAGCAUACAUUGAUGCACUGAGGAACCUCAAGUCCGGGGUUAACGACAGGGAGUUUUUGCUAGAAAAACUCUUGAUAUUGAUGUCGCGCCUUCCUGAUGACUCGGUCUUUGCCAAACAACUUCAGAUCUCUGUGAUUGGUAUCCUUUAUAAGGACCUUCCUCACCCGCCUUGCAGCUUCUUAAACACUCUUGUAACAGCGCCUCUGUCUAACUGCGGGAGCGUGCCAUAUGUCUUCCGUAGUGCUGACGGCUCUAAUUAUUCCAUCUUCGCGCCGAACCUUGGUCAAGCAGGCCAACCAUAUGCACGAUCAGUGCCUUCUACGCAUGUUCCGUUGCGUCAUCCGUUACCAAAUCCAGGAGAGGUCUUCGAUACACUUCUGCGUCGCCGUCAGAAUGACUUUAUUCCUCAUCCUGGAGGCCUCUCCAGCUUGUUCUUCGCAUUUGCAGAUCUCAUUAUUCACAGUAUAUUUGAUACGAACACCCACGAUUGGACGAUCAACAAUGCCAGCAGCUACCUCGACCUGAGUAUCGUGUAUGGGAACAACGAAGAGCAGGUCAAUAGCACACGCAAGAAGGACGGAACCGGUCACAUUUGGGAAGAUGUAUUUGCUGACAAGCGCCUCUUGUUCAUGCCCCCUUCUGUGGGGGCCCUUGCAGUCUUAUUCAGUCGUCAUCACAACUAUAUUGCAAGCAAGAUCCUUGGCCUCAACGAGCGAGGGACAUACGUACACCCACAAGCCCUUCAAGAAGAGCAGCGUAUCGCUCAGUGCGACGAGAUCUUUCACCGUGCCCGACUCGUCAAUACAGCGUUCUUCAUGCAGAUCAUCUUGACGGACUACGUCGGAGGCAUUCUUGGUCUUGUCAGAGACGGACUGACUUGGCGAUUGAAUCCACUUCAGGGGUUUCGCGAGGAAACGCAUGACGUUUCUCAACGAGGAGCUGGUAAUGCCGUUUCACUAGAGUUCAACAUGCUCUAUCGCUGGCAUGCGGCGUUAUCGCGUCAAGACGAAGUGUGGCUUGAACACACUUUCAGAAGCAUUCUCCCCGGCAGGGACCCUUCGACUAUUACCGUUGAAGGAUUCAGGACUGCAUUCCGCAGGGAUGGUGCUCAAAUGCCUGACAUUCGUAGUUGGACAUUUGGCGGUCUCACCCGGGGGGAAGAUGGUCGAUUCAGCGACGCCGAUAUCGCUCGUGUUUUACAGGAUGCAACGGCCGACAGGGCUUGUGCCUUUCGUGCGAGGGGCGUUCCGGCAGUGAUGCGAAUCGUCGAGAUUUUGGGUAUGGAGCAGGCACGAGCCUGGGGCGCUUGUUCGCUCAACGAAUUUCGUCGCUUCAUCGGUUUGAAACCAUACACGAGCUUCAGUGAAUGGAAUCCAGAUCCAGAGAUUUAUACCGCAGCCGAACGCUUGUACGGGGAUAUUGAAAACCUGGAACUGCAUGUGGGGCUGCAGGCUGAGGAAACUAAACCGCCCGUUCCUGGUGCUGGCCUUUGCCCUGGAUACACUAUUUCGCGCGCCAUCCUCGCCGAUGCCGUAUGCUUGACCCGCGGAGACAGGUUUCUUACAGUGGACUUCACUCCAUUCAACUUGACAACAUGGGGUUACAAGCAUUGCAUGGUGAACAAGGCGGAUGGAUCCUAUGGCGGCAUGCUCACCAAGCUUCUCUUUCGCAUGCUUCCCGAUCACUAUCCCGCGGGCUCAGUCUACGCUCACUUUCCUUUCCUGACCCCAGACUUCCUUGCCUCGAGCAUGGCUAAAGCGCCGCGUAGAGCCGAAAUCCAGCAUCUUUACGAUUGGGAGAGGCCUUUGACUGUGCAGCAAGCUGCAUUUACAGGUGUAGCUGCUGAUAUGAAAGUUAUCAGAGACUACGAGCGUCGUCUUUCGAAGUUGUGCAUGCCUCCGAGGGUACGGAACGAAGAGAUCAGACAGUCUAUCUCCGAUAAAGUGGCUGAAUACACCUUGUCUACUUCGCCUUUUGCCCACCUUACAAGUGAGCUGAUCAGCAAGAGACGCGCUGUUGAUGAGCACGUCGACAUAAUUGAAAUCCUGAACCUCCUUCCCAUUUAUUGGGUGGGCGAAAUCAUGAUUGGAUUACCAUUGAUCCACAAAUCAUCGUCUCCAGAAUUUUGGUACAAAGCCAUUUUCACCAUUACACACUACUUGUACUUGAAUAAUGACCCAGCUUCUGACUGGACUCUUCGCGAGAACGCCGCGCGUUUUACCCAGUUGAUCAAAUUAUACCUCGAGAGCCAUUUAAGAAGACUCUCUGAUGGCAUUAUUUCAAUUAAUGGAAUAUGCGAUCUUCUAUUUUCAGCCCACUUGUCGUCGCAUAAAUGUGAAGCAUUUCUCUCGGAGGUUCUCAAAGUCGCACCGCAGGCUUCGAUAGAGGAUAUCGUAUUAUGUCUGUUCGAAGAGAUCAUCCCUUCUGCGUCCUUGUUCUCCGCAGUCAUCGCCUCUGUGGUGAAAUACUACAUGUACUCCGCUCGAAAGGAAGACUAUAGCGAUUUUGUUUCUUGUUGUCUAGACAAAGGGUCAGAACAGCACCCAGCCAUCCUGCCGUAUAUCUGCAAAGCACUCGAUCUUGAUAUCGACAUGCUUUCGAAUGACAAGCCAUCUGUCCUCCGUAUCACUCUCUAUGGCCACGCUGUUACCAUUCCGAAGCAAACUGGCCUUUUGUCCUGGGAUAUCUUCAUGAAGAUCGCUCCUGGUAUCAUUUGCAAUAUAUUCCGUGCAGGUCCUUUGCGUCGUCCUCCUCCGAUCACAACGCCUAGUAACGGGACACCCGUUGACGCCGCAGAGCAAACAUCGAGGUCCACUGAUAUCUCCAUACCCACUUCAUUGGUCGUUGAGUAUAUCGGAUAUCAUUAAGAUGGAAUAUCGGACACCUAAUACUCGUCACUGUACUACAAGACUCGGACAUACACACUAAAUGUAUUACCACCACUCGCACUGUUUUAGAUGAAUCGGUCUUUAAUAUCAUCCUCUACUUGCACG